GUAAUAUCUCUUCGCCUGUCUUCUCUCUGGCACUACCUGUAUAAUCUAGGUGUUUCCUUCUCCUCCCCAUUUUCCAGGUGUGGCAUUUAGGUAAUGCUUUCCCUGCCUUCCUUUUUCAUUCCUCGCUGGGAUCAAGGCCUGAGAACUUGACUGUUUCUGUAAAGAAAGGUGCAAAUUAGGCUGCAAUUUGAUCCUAUCCUUCACGGAGCGUGGCUGCAGAGAAGAAGCCAGAAAGCCAACGCAGGGGGAUAAAGGACCACGAGAUGGAAACGGCAAGGACAAACGGGACCGCAGGCAAGCAAGAGGAAGCCAAGACCCCCUCCUCGCCCAAGAAAGAGACAGAAGAAGGGAAGAAAUCCAGCAGCCCAAACAAAGUUGAGAAAGAAGCCAACAAAAACAAUGUGGCGCCAAGCCUGGAGACAACCCAGCUCAAGAAUUCGAUGUAUGCCGGAGGUGACUGGAAGAGACCGAUCAUCCAAUUUGUGGAGUCGUCGGAUGAGAAGAGGUCAACCUACUUCAACAUGGAGCCCGGGGAGGCCAAGAAGUCAGGUUUUCCUGCUGGAGGAGAAACUCGGAGGUCCCAAGUCUCUUUUCCAGAGCGAGGAGAUUUGAGGAAGCCCAUGUUCAACGUGGAGACCAAGAAAUCUUUCGGCAGCGAAGGCGAAGGGAAGAAGUCGAUGUUUUCCAGUGGGCAGAUUGCAGAUCUACGAAAACCCAUCAUCACCCUAGGGGAAACUGGAGAGACCAAAAGGUCCAACUUCAACCGGGUCAGUAGAGUACCUGCCGGAAGACCCCGGGUGGUUCUGGAAGAGGUCCUUUGCGACUCUUGCAUCGACAACAAGCAGAAGGCGGUGAAGUCCUGUCUGGUGUGUCAAGCCAGCUUCUGUGAGCUUCACCUGAAGCCCCACUUCGAAGGGGCUGCUUUUCGAGAUCACCAACUGCUGGAUCCCAUCAAGGACUUUGAGGCCAGGAAAUGUCCCAUUCAUGGCAAGACCAUGGAGCUUUUCUGCCAGACCGACCAAGUCUGCAUCUGUUACCUUUGCAUGUUCCAAGAACACAAGAACCAUACCACCGUGACGGUAGAGAUUGAGAAAUCGGGGAAGGAGACCGAACUCUCUUUGCAAAAAGAACAGCUGCAGCUGAAGAUCGUCGAGCUUGACGAUGAAGUCGACAAGUGGCACAAGGAGAGAGACCGUAUCAAGAAUUUUACUGCCAACGAAAAAGCCACCGUAGACCAGCAUUUCAAAGAGCUGAUCCGUGAUGUCGAGAAACAGCGGGAUGAGGUCAAAGCUGGCCUGGAUCACCGGGAGAAGGUGGCGGUGGAGAACAUCAAGGAGAUUGUGGAGGAACUGGAAGACAGGGUCAAAUUGUUGCAGGAGGACAAGGAAACCAGGGAACAGAUUGGCCUAAUCAGCGACUCUGUGCUCUUCCUACAGGAAUUUGGAGCAAUGAUGAGAAGCUAUGUUAUCCCUCCAUCUCUGCCGACAUAUAACAUCUUGCUCGAAGGAGAGAACAUGAGUCCAGCAAUGGGGAUACUCAGAGAUGACCUCCUGAAUGUAUGCAUGAGGCACGUUGAGAAGAUCUGCAAGGCAGACCUUAGCAGGAAUUUCAUUGAGAGAAACCACAUGGAAAAUGGCGACCACCGUUUCAUGAUGAACAACUUUUCCGACUGGAACCAGCCAGAUAACCUGAAGAGGUUUUCCAUGUUCUUGUCUCCAAAAGGAGGAAAUUUAGGAGGAAAUUUAGGAGGAAAUUUAGGAGGGAAUUACAACACCCGAGGUUGGGAGUUUUCUUCCAUGCAAACUGCCGAAGAGACGAUUGCAAGCGGGAACUCGGCGUUCUCCCUGAAAGUUGGCAAUGGAACCAAGAUGCCAUAUCAGUUUCCCCCAAUUGGCCAGAGCUCACCCGGUGAUUUCAGCAAGCAGUCUGACAGCAGCCUCUAUACUAAGAAUGCCUAUCCUUCCAUCGUGAGGCACCAGACGGCUAAGGCACAGCCGCAGACAUGGAAAUCUUCCAAGCAAAGCAUGCUGUCUCAUUACCGCCCCUUCUACGUCAACAAGGGCAAUGGCGUCACUUCCAAUGAAGCCCCCUGAGCAAGACGAUGGUGGAAGAGGAAGACAACUAACAAGAAUGUCCAUGGAUAUUCCCGCUAUUGUAUUAAUCAAAUUGUCCUAAUUUUCUUUCUUUCUUUCUUUCUUUCUUUUUUAAGUGGGGGAAGGGUGGGUGGAUUAGAGGAAAGGAUGUACAUCUCAUCCUGGGCGGAAAUGGGUCCCACCGUGCUCUUUUCGAGCCAUCCAUGAGGAGUAACUUCACUCCAGAUAGAUGUUGGUUGACUAAUGAAUUCCCCUUUCCUCGCGUAACUGCUUUGCUCUUACUAAUGCCUUGCCAGUGUGUACUCAGCGUAUUCCCAAGAUACAUUGGGUUUAAGCAAACGAGCUGCUGCUUAAAACUGUGACUUUAGCAGCCCACUUCUAGCUGCAGGUCCAACUGUUGCUGACAUUAAUGGAGACUUGGUUGGCCGACACCGUUCCAAGGCCAUCUGCUUUGACAUAGUAUAAGAGAAUAACAGAGUAGAAGACUUGGAAGUCUUCUAGUUCAAUCUCCUAUACCAUUUUCGACAAGUGGUUGUCCAUCCCCCUUUUUGAAAGCCUCCAGUGAUGGAGCACCCAUAACUUCUGAAGACCAGCUGUUCCACUGGUUGAUUGUUCUUACCGUCAGAAAGUUUCUCCUUAGUUUUAGGUUGCUUCUCUCUUUGUUCAGUUUCCAUCCAUUGCUUUGGAAUCAAAGAAUCGAAAAAGUGCACUAGAUAUUAACUGCUCCCCUCUGGCUGCUAGUCAGGUGACGGCGGUGAACCUAUAGCUGAAAGGCUCCGUGAAUUGCCCAUCAUCCCAAUUUCUCCUCCUCCUGCUGGUUGUUCAAAUUGCAGAAGAAAAGAGGAGAGAGAGAGAGAGAGAGAAAAUCCAUAGAAGAUUGAUUAGAUGUCUUAGCUAUGCUCUUCUCCUCCACUGAUGAUACUGGCUGAUGUGCUUUGGUUCAGCGGUUCAGUUUACAUUUGAGGGGAAUUAUUUUUAAAAGCGUGUGCAUGGCGGUGCAUCUUCCCUUUAGUUUCUUUCUCGUUGGAUGCCAAGAAUCAGGCCAAGGAUGAGUGGAUGCCUGUGCAAUGUUCCAGAAGGAAAGAAUGUCUUAGAGUUGCCAGGGGAACCAGAUUGUCUGAUCUCGAAAUUGAUAUCUAAACUUCAACAUCUCCCACAAGAUUGAGAGGGUCUUCUUGGUUCCCCAAAUUUGGGAGAGCCGGAGACGGUUGGGUGCAUGAAGAAUGUCUUCCAAGGAUAAACUUUUUAAGAAGGUGACAGGGUUGACAAAUGAACGUUAUGUUGGGUUUCAUUCUAAUUUUUUGGUCUUUCAUUGUAGACGUCCUUGUCCAUUCCAAUGUAUGCAAUAAAAAUAAACACACAUCAGCACCCUUUGAUGGCAUGCCUGUCAGAGUAAGAGGGAACUGUUUAAAAUGACUUGAAGGAAUAUUCCUUCCUUCCUUCCUUCCUUCCUUCCUUCCUUCCUUCCUUCCUUCCUUCCUUUCUUCCUCCCUCCCUCCCUCCUCCUCUUCCCUUCUUUCCUCCUUCUCUUCCUUCCUUUCCUUUCUUUCCUUCCUUAUUCCUUCCUUCCUUCCCUCCCCCUAUCCUCCCUCCCUCCUCCCCCUCCUCUUCCCUUCUUUCCUCCCUCCUGCCCUCCCUUCCUUCCUUAUUCCUUCCUUCCCUCUUUCCUUGUUUUCCCCUAUCCCACCUUCCUUCCCUCCCUUCCUUCCUCCCUCCCACCCUCCCUCCCUCCUCCUCUUCUCCACCUCCUCCUUCUCUUCCUUCCUUUCCUUUCUUCCUUCUUUCCUUCCUCCCUUCCUUCCUUAUUCCUUCCUUCCUUCCUUCUUUCCCCCUAUCCUUCUCCUCCUCCUCCUCCUCCUCCUCUUCCUCUUCCUCCUCCUCUUCCUCUUCCUCUUCCUCUCCUUCUCCUUCUCUCCUUCCUUCCUUCCUUCCUUCCUUCCUUCCUUCCUUCCUUCCUUCCUCCUUCCCCCCCCUGAACUUUUUUGGGUUGGACUCUGCUGCACGAAAAAAAAAAAACAACCCAUCCUCUUGCAGUUCCCUCUAAGCAAGGGAAAAAGAAAUUUCUGUUCAACUUCUUCUCGAGAGAAGCCGGAGGAUGGAUUUCAGGGUAGGGGUUUGGGUCCCUCGAUGGCCAACUCAAUCUCGACUGGUCUUCCUACUGUCAAAAGCAGCUCUUAAGCAAUGAAUGAAGCCCUUUUAAAAAGCCAGGCAUGCCAUCACUUCUUUCCUUGUGUGACGAAACGAACGAAGGCAACGUUGACCUAGGAGAGGAGAUCCCUUGGCCUUACUUUGUGAGUAAACCGUCCACCAAACCUCACACUGGAAUCUCCGUUUUGCAUUAUUGAAAUGCAAGGAAGAUGACGGUUCUUAGGAUUGACGUCCUGUCCUUUCUGAAAGCUUGCAGACAUUUUCAAUGUUGAUUUUUUUCCCCCCCUCUUGGCCAUUUGCUAUUGUUUUGCUUAAAGUAGAAAUCUGAAUCCUUGUGAGGGCAGCCGAGGGCAGCAGUUAAGGUUCUUGCAAAAGCUUACCUUUUUUUUUUAAUUGCAAAAAAUCUUCUUCUUCUUUUUUUUAAACAAUCCCUUUCUGACAAGAAAUUAAAAGGAAAGUAUUUUGUAAUAUUUCAGGGAUAAUUAGAGAAAAAGAGGGGGGCGGGGGGGGGAAGGCAGGAAAGCAAAGCAGCUGUGCCAGAAUAAUUCUAACUUCAUCGAGAAAUAUAUUUUCAGGGUCAUCUGCUUACCCAAAGUGGAAACAUUUUAAAAGGUUUAUUUUUAAAUCUCCCCGUGUCUGAAUAUCGGAGAAAAGGAAUAAUUGCGGGGAACAAUACAGUACUCCUUAACUUACAACCAUUCGAUUAGUAGCGGGUCAAAGUUAUAAGUGGUCCUAAAAAUAGUGACUUACAAUGGGUCCUCGCACUUAUGACUGUGGCAGCAUCCUCACAGUUGUGUGAUUAAAAUCCAGGCGCUUGGCAACCAGGAUGUAUUUAUAAUGGAUGUACCAUCCUGGGGUGUGUGUGUGUGUGUCAUGUGAUCCGGGCCAUGUGACUUGGGUCAUGUGAUCGUCAUUUGCAACUUUCCUAGCUGAUUUCCGAUAAGUCGAGUCACUGGGGGGGGGAACCAGAUUUGCUUAAUGACUGGCUGGUUCACUUAACAACCGUGGCAAAAAAAGGCAGAACUCACUUAACGACAACCUUCCUUGGCAACAGAAACUCUGUCCCCGUUGUGGUCAUAAGUCGAGGAUUACCUGUUGUAGCAUGUUCCUCCUUCGUAAAUACUAGAUUUAUCCUGAUUCUUAACAAAAACAGCAUUCUGGUUCCUGCUUUUCCCCUUUUAAAACGGGAUCCAUUUCUAAAUCAAAUGGAUUUAGAAAAUCAAAAAUGGAUUUGAUUUGAUUUCCACCCCUCACCCAUCCCUCACACACACACCUGAGGCAGGAAUGUUGCAAAAUUCCAUUUUCUGAAUGUAAAUCACAGGUAGAAAUUUUUCUCCGUUUUUUUUAAAAAAAAAAAAUAGAUUCAAAACCCCAACAAGGGGCCCAUUUGCUGUCAGUUGCCUGACCCAAGUUUUGAUCAUCAAAAAUGUUUAGUUAAAAGUAUUCUGGAGAAUAAAAUGUUGGAAUGACCAAGAAA